CCCUCCCACACCGACACCAGUGCGGAAUGGUGCGCGCUCUUGCGGUCAAGUGUACUCGCUCUCGAUCAAACACUGAGUGAAGAUGGCGAUGAGAGCAGCGCUGCGGUGCCUAUCUGCAAACUUUUCACCUAGACUGCCUCAGCUCUCGCAGGUUUCAGCGACUCGGCUGCUGUGGAGAAGCGACUCCCCGCGGACACUGAGCACGUCCUGGGUGCUAUCCACAGCCUUGAAGUUCACAGAUAAGCAUGAGUGGGUGCAAGUGGAGGGUGGUAUUGGCACUGUAGGCAUCAGCAGUUAUGCCCAGGAAGCAUUAGGUGAUGUGGUAUACUGCGGACUCCCUGAAGUCGGCCAAAGACUUGAACAAAUGGAUGAGUUUGGUGCACUGGAAAGUGUAAAGGCUGCCAGCGAACUGUACUCACCAUUAACAGGAGAGGUGACAGAAAUUAACACAGAGCUGGCAGAAAAUCCAGGACUUGUGAACAAAGAUUGCUAUGCAAAGGGGUGGAUAAUCAAGAUGACCAUUGAAAAGCCUGAAGAACUUGAUGGCCUUAUGGAUCAAGCUGCAUAUGAUAAAUUUGUCAAAUCACUUGAAUAAAAUUAUAAACUCAUUUUGCUUUGUAAUGUAAUCACAAUGAAAGAUAGAGGAAUACUAACAUAUCCUGUGUGAGACACUUAUUCAUCUGUGGUAUUUAUUCUGAUUCUGGAAUUGCGCUCUCAAACUAAAGUACUCAAAUGCACAAUAACAGCUUCCACUUACAAAGUUACGUUUUGUUAAGCAACCAGCACAUCUAAAGGGCUCUUAAUCGCAAGAUCUGUCAGUAUUAUUGGGGCGUGUGUAUGUGUGGUGCUUUACUCCAUUGUAAACAUGUUCACAGAUAUGGUAAACAACUGGAAACUGCUGUAUCAAAUCCAUUUAAUAAAAUGUGAACAUAAAG